GUGCGCGCAUUGGCCCCGCCCCCUGGCUCCGGCUACUCCUUCACCUUUGCCUAGCGUCCUCCCACCUGCCUGCCAAUCAUCUUUUUCUCUCAGACCUAGUCGGCGGGAAGAACCUGCUUGUGUCUCCCGAAGCUCCCCUCGGAAACCCGCAGAUAGCGGGGCAGUUGAUGGAUGCUUGGAAGCUGGCGUGCUUAUUCGGAAAUGUUUUGCCACCUGAGGCCUUGGAGGAGGUUCUGCCUGAGGAAGGUCCUCCCUCCUUGGCUUCACUACUCUCGAGCUUUAUCAGGGGCAGAAGCCAUCAAUGCCUUGAGGCCUUUCUACUUUGCAGUUCAUCCUGAUUUCUUUGGACAGCACCCCAGGGAAAGGGAAGUCAAUGAAAAUUCUCUUAAGAGAUUAAGUGUCUAUUUAGAAAAUCUCCAGAAACCAGGCUUCAAGUCUCUGAAACCAACUCAGCUUACAUUUUAUAUAAGAGAAAAAACAGUGCAGAAUUCCUCUGAAGGCCAGGAGCCUGUCAGUACUACCGGAUUCCGAGCAGUCAGAUUUACUUUGCACAGCAGCGAUCUGCUAAGCACAGUAUUAUAUAUUCUCAACUCCUGCAGUUUGCCUGUUGAACACGUCCAAAGCUUGAACACUAAUGUGCAUUCCCAGCCUCUCAAGGAAGCUACAGGGAUGCCUGACAGACCCAUCAAAUGGCAUAGGUCCUAUUAUUCCUUUACUGGGUUCAAGGACCCUGACGAAGACCUCGAACAUGUCUCAAGAGUGGAAACAACCCUCACGUCCUGGUUAGGUAGCAAUGGCAAAGGUGCUGUUAAAAAGCUGAAGAACAGUCUGCCACUUAGGAAGGAGCUGGAUCGUCUCAAGAACGAGCUAUCUGAGCUUCUGCAACUGUCAGACAUCAGGUGGCAGAGAGGCUGGGGAGUCGCCCAUCGCUGCAGCCAGCUGCAUAGUCUUAGCCGCCUGGCACAGCAGAAUCUGGAGCCGCUUCAGAAUGUAAAAGGGUGCACCAUUGUAUUCACAGACCGCUCUGGUAUGAGUGCACUGGGCCACGUGAUGCUGGGGACCAUGGAUGUCCACCAUCACUGGACACGGCUUUUUGAAAGCUUGCCAAAUUAUUUUGACCUUCAGAGGAGAAUGUCAGCCUUAGAAGACCAAAUAAGCCAUCUCCUAGGGGGAAUCCAGGUGGUUUAUAUCGAAGAGCUGCAGCCUGCACUCACGCUGGAUGAGUAUUACUCGCUCCUUGACACCUUCUACAACCAGCUGCGGCGGAACAGGGUGCCUCCCCGCCCUCAGAGUCUGAGUGGUUUGCAGAUGAUCCUCAGCAGUGACAGGUAUGCACCAAGCUUGCAUGAACUUGGACAUUUUAAUAUCCCAGCCCUCUCGGAUCCAGCAAGCCUGCAGUCAUUUAUGAGAACCAAAGCCCAGCAGGCAAGAGAAAAUAUGAGAAGAAGAGAGAAGUUAAAAGUUAUUGAAAAUGAAUUGAUACAGGCUUCAACAAGGAAAUUUUCUCUGGAGAAGUUAUAUAAAGAACCCAGCAUUUCUAGUAGACAGAUGGUAGAUUGCUGUAAGAGACUUCUAGAACAGUCGCUGCCUUAUCUACAUGGGAUGCACCUGUGUGUUUCACAUUUCUAUUCUGUUAUGCAAGAUGGAGACCUGUGCAUCCCAUGGAAUUGGAAGAAAGGAGAAGCCAUGAAGUAACACAGAUCUGUUUUAUUUUCUGAAGAAAUGAAAAACUGUUGAAUUUAUUUAAAUUCAGUUUGAUAUAACAUUAGUAUUUACAUGUUAGAACAAAGUGUCUAACUGCUGCUAUAAAAGUGGGGUGGGUUUUCUUUUUAGUGAUUUUAUGCUAAGAAACUUGUUUUUAAAAGGUUUUAUCCUUAUGAUGCUGAUGGCAAAAGAUACUAGAAGAAAACUGUUUUAAAGAUACGCAAUAGAAGGUUCUGUAGGAGUCAUAUAUUUUUAUAUAGUGAAGUGAGUGUAUGUAAGUUGGUCUCCUUCAGUGUAGCUCUUUAGGACUGGAGCUCAGCUUUUACAUGCAACACAGUUUAAUGUGCACCUCAUAGUUACAUCUUGUAGGCACACACACUUUGUAGCCCAUAAUCAACAGUUAUUCAAAGCAGAUGACUGACAAAUAGCAAAAAUUAAAUAACCAAAUUAAAAAUUAAACAACCAAAUUUUGCUUAAAAGAAAGAUUUUUAAAUAUAUAUUAUUAACAUUGUCUGAUACUAGUUUACUAAAACAUCAGUGGCUGAGAAUUUAAAUAUGUGAUUUUUCUACCAAUUAAAAUAUCAGUGGAGCAUAUUCUUGGUAGGCACAGGCAUCCUCAAGAUGAGUAAGAUAUAAUAUUCUAACGUAGCCUGAAGCUCCUUAAAAGGCUUUCUUCAUUUCUUCAGCUCUGGCCCAGACAGCCUUGUGCUACAGCUCAUUCUCAGGCAAAGCAUGGCCUCCCCUGGUCUCAGCUGUCUCCUGCCCAGUGAGAGGUCUGCUGUCUGUUCAGAGCAGACCCACAGUGCAUUAUAACAAAGGAGAUGCUAAAGUCAGUUUUUCAUGUUUGGGGUUUUUCUGAAACAUCAUUCAUUUAAACAAUUCAAAUAUAUGUUCAAAAUAAGAAGUGGUUUAUAAAAGGAUUGUGUGUGCCAUGUGGCUUUUGACCCGUGCUAUUAUAAAUGUUGCUGUAAAUACUAUCUAUAAGAAACAGUCCUUAAGUAGAUUUGGUGGCACACAUCUUUAAUCCCAGCACUUGGGAAGCAGAGACAGGUGGAUCUCUGUGAGUUUAAGGCCAGCCUGGUCUAUAAAGUGAGUUCCAGGACAGCCAGGGUUGUUAAACAUAGAGAAACUCUGGGGCGAUGGGGAGGGGUCUCGUCAAACAUGAAAUUUAUUAGAAAAUUGGUCGGAUUAUGCUAUGUCUAGUAUCAACUAACAUGGAAUCUUGUAUAAUCUGUGUUACAUUGGAUUUGUCUCAGAACUAAUUGUUUCAUAAUAAACUAUGCCUUGGCCACCAUGCGGCUGCUUU